GAGGAAGUGGGCGUGAGGAACAAGGCUCACUCACACGUACACAGGGCUAAGAAAACUCCAAGCUCAACUCGACUCCAAGAAGAACAGAUAACCCACUACCAAAGCUCAGCGGAGAAGAUCACAAAGAUGGUAGUCAAAUAUUACUAUUCCAGUGUCUCUAGCAACCUUGAAAUCAAGAAGAAUCAACAGAAAAUUGAGAUGAUCUUGGACUCAAAGAAGAUUGCCUUUGUAAAGAUUGAUGUAGCUGCUGAUGAAGAUGCCAAGAAAAGAAUGAGAGAACUCAUGGAAAAUCCAUCUGCCAUUCCACCCCAACUCUUCAAUGACGACACCUAUUGUGGGGACAAUGAUGCAUUUGAAGAAGCUAUUGAGUGUGAACGACUGGAGGAGUUUCUCAAGCUCAAAUGAACUCUCCUAGUCACAAACUCUAAUAGCUAGAUGUAGCCUAUCUUGCACACAGAGUGCUCUGAUUUUGACAUAUGCUGGUUUUAUACCCAUGAUGGUAAUGAAUUAAUAGUACUGGGUGUUCACAUCUGAUGACGAUGUCACAGCUUAAUGAUUAUGUUAUGGACUUUGA